AUGACUGCAGUUUUGGACCCCUCCAGGCCGUACUCUGCAGAGCUACAAGUCAUCAGGCGGCUGAACUCCAGUCUGUACGGGACCGGUGGUAGAGAUGGAUUAGGACCUGGGCGUGCAGACUCUCCUUUUGCUAGAUUUCAUCCCCCGGAUGAGAGCCUCAGCCUGGCUCCUUUACGACAUGACGUCAACCUGAUGGAUCCCUGCUGCGGUCAGCUAAGUGCUGGAGCUGAGGUGGUUCUUGGGGUCAAAGGUAGACAGAAAUUCAUAGAUUUCCAUCACGUGCCCUCGGCUCUGUGGGUCCCUCCAGGAUUGAAAGAGAAGCCACAAAUAUCCUCAAAUCCCUCUAUCUGUGUAGACCUGAGCGAAGACAAGGCCUGGAACUCAAGGAGGAUCCCUGAUGAAGCCUUGAGAGCGAGGCUGAGUGUUCAACCACACUCACCGAGGACAUCAACUAAAGCAACUCUGCACAGCAGCUUCCCUGAUAAACACACUGGACCUCAGGUCAUCUUCCCUUCUGACCUGAGACUGUGGACGGACAACUCACAGGCCAUUAAACGCAUCAGAUACACUUCUGCAACACAGAGGAGUUAUGAGGAAGUUGGAUGGCAUACAAAGUUACCACGGCGGUUGAAGGCACCAGAAACAACCCUGGAGGAAAAGGCAGACCUAGUUAGUGAGCGUCCCUCGUCAAAGCGCUACUACAGUCAACCUCAGCUGUGGCAGUCUGUCGGAGCUGAGUGGAACAGACGGCAGCUUCGGUCGAGGAAUGAUGCCAAGAAACCCAUCUCAUUCUGCAGUGGAUGUCCGAGGUCAGGUCAAAUCCCUCUGUACACCGGUACAAUCGGCUCUGAGAACAUGCACAACAUCGACAACAUGAAUGAGGACUUUCACCCACUGACCUUGAAGAGGAGUGUUGUGCCCCCUUACACGCCUACGGCACAUCGAACCACCAUUCCUGGAUAUACAGGCAAGGCUGUCUAUAACUCUGCUGCUGAGGCUGCAGUCUGCAGCCCUGCACACUCCUCCGGGUGAGUCUUCACAGUAACUUUUAUGAGAGCAUUUAAGGAUCGAAAUAAAAUAAAAUAUCAUUACCAG